AAUCGGGAAGCCAAUAAACAAAUCCCAGCAUUCUUAUUGGUGCAGCCAGGUUUGACCGAAGGACGUUGUCCAACAGCCAGAGAUCAUUCAUCUAUCGCAUUGGUGUGUUUGUGAAGUCGCUAUUGGGAAAUUGAAGUGUUUCCCUCCGGUUUUCGGGUUUUAACUACUAUGAUUUAUGCAGGACGAAACAAAUUGGAGUUUGUUGUUUUCUGUUAGUCCGGAUGCACGAAUGGCCAUCAGACAGAUGGCGCGUUAGAUGCCGCGGAGCAGUCUGAUUGCGAACAGCGCCAUUGGUGGCGCCACAAGCGGUCCUCACGCAGAAGCCACAAAGAGCAGAACGGUUCUACUCAUAAAAUGGCUAUUGAUGGUGUCAAACAACAGUUGAAUAAAGUUUUUGCCGAAGAUGACGCUCUCAUCAAUAAGAAAUUACCAAAGGAAUUAUUGCUGCGCAUUUUUUCCUACUUAGACGUCGUUUCUCUAUGUAGAUGCGCUCAAGUCUCAAAAGCAUGGAACAUACUUGCUCUGGAUGGUUCCAACUGGCAAAGGAUCGACCUUUUCGAUUUUCAGAAGGACGUCGAGGGGCCCAUAAUAGAGAACAUAUCUCGACGAUGCGGCGGUUUCCUGCGUCAGUUGUCCCUAAGAGGAUGCCAGUCGAUAGCGGACGGUUCCAUGAAGACGCUAGCUCAGUUGUGUCCCAACGUGGAAGAUCUUAACCUGAAUGGUUGCAAGAAACUCACAGAUACAACAUGCAAUGCGCUCUCCAGGCAUUGCUCAAAGCUGCAAAAGCUCAAUUUAGAUAGCUGCGCUGCCAUCACUGAUAAUUCCUUGAAAGCACUCAGUGAUGGGUGCCCCAAUUUGACACAUAUUAACAUUAGCUGGUGUAGUAACAUUACUGAAAAUGGAGUGGAGGCACUAGCAAGAGGCUGUCCUAGAUUGAGGAGCUUUAUAAGUAAAGGAUGCAAGCACAUCACAUCUAGGGCUGUAAUUUGUUUAGCUAGGUUCUGUCACCAGUUAGAAGUUGUCAAUUUACAAGGUUGCAGUAAUAUAAGAGACGAAGCGGUGCAAUCACUAGCAGAAAAAUGCCCAAGACUGCAUUAUUUGUGUCUAUCCGGAUGCUCUGCACUGACUGACGCGUCAUUGAUAGCUUUGGCUCAGCAGUGCCCUCUGCUGUCUACGCUCGAGGUUGCCGGAUGUUCUCAGUUCACAGACGCUGCAUUUCAAGCAUUAGCUAGGAGUUGUAGAUAUUUAGAAAAAAUGGACCUAGACGAAUGUGUUCUUAUAACAGAUGCAACGCUGAUACAUCUUGCAAUGGGCUGUCCUAGGAUUGAAUAUUUGACGUUGUCGCACUGUGAGCUCAUCACAGACGAAGGUAUCAGACAUCUUUCCAUGUCACCUUGCGCCGCCGAAAAUCUAACAGUCCUUGAAUUGGACAACUGCCCUCUAGUCACAGAUGCCUCCUUGGAACAUCUUACAUCAUGCCACAAUCUCCAAAGAGUAGAGCUGUACGACUGUCAGCUUAUCACUAGAUUUGGUAUUCGCCGAUUGAGGAAUCACUUGCCGAACAUAAAAGUGCACGCCUACUUUGCCCCGGUAACACCCCCACCGACGGCUGGUGGUACCCGUCAAAGGUACUGUCGCUGCUGCGUGAUCCUAUGAGGACGUUGCCCCUCUGGACCCCCACGUAGUGGCGGCAUAGGCCGAGGUGCCUCUCCUUGAGAGGAGUCGUACUGAGCUCACGUCGUACCAUCGUAGUAGGCAGCACUUGCAAGGUCCUUUCCACUGGGAGAAAUGCAGUACCAGUCUAGAUUCAGAGAUGGAGGAACAACAUUUUUUUGUAAUCGCAUGGUUCGACUUUAAGUUGGUUCUUAAUAUUUUGUUAUACUGCGAAUUUAUAUGUAUAAGUGUCUUGGGCCGUCUGUAUAGGGUGUCCGAGAAGUCGAUAUGAAGCCGGAAACGGGGGAUAGGCCAAGCCAUAAUAGUAAUCUGAAAAAUAUAAAAAAAGUCUAAGUCGUGUACUUUUCAAAUUACAGGCUUUAAAAAAUCGAAAAACCUACAGCCUGUAAUGAUAUUUUAGUUCCCGAAAGUCAAACUAAUUUCGCCAUUCAACAACGCUGGCAGCUCAAAAGGUACAACGAUUCUCCCAUAUAGAAUCCCGGUUCACAUAUUCACUUUAAAACUAUACUGUGAUCUAUCUUGUCUCAUCAAAUGUGGAUCUUCGUGUAAGUUGUAUAGAUUCAUGUAACUAUCUUUUUUGAAUGUCGACUCACCGGUCCAUAAAAUCUUCUCUCAAAAUCGUGGAUCUUCCCGGUACCUCAGUAACAUUGUUUGACAAAACUCAACUUUUAUAAGAUAAUCCUGGGGUUCGGUGGGCUAUUCUUUUGGGUACUUUCGUGCUUGCUUCUAUUUGACGUACUGAAGUACUCGAGUCUCUUUCAACUGCUUGUAGUACGACGUCCUCGUAAGGAAAGAAAAUUCUUCUGCACCAUAUGCUUGAUUUGGGAAUCGUCCCUCUGAGAGUAAACGGUGCACAUUCACAAAAAGUGAGUGAUCGGGAUGACGAGCAGGGUAAUUCUCUAGCUUUGCUACACCAGCCGAAUUUGAUGAAAAAAGACCCUAGUUUUUCGGUGUAGAUGAAAGAAAUGAAAUUGAAAAUGAGCACGAACAUGACAUUUUUGAAAUAUUUUACUAUAUAAUAGGUUUUUAUUCAAUGUUUGUUCUCAUAGGCUGUGCGAUGUUGCCAGAUUUCAUUACUUCAAAAGUUUUUGUGUUGAUGGAUAUUUUUUUAAUAAUUAAAUUUGUAUCUUUGACUUCGAACUCCACAACCCUACCUAACGUCAAAUGCACGCGCGCGGCGACUCAAUUUCUAAAGUAAAAGGAAAGGGUAAGAGUGAAAUUUUCUUAUAUUUCUUCAAUUUGGUAACAUUCUGCAAAUGUCGUGAUUAAGGUGUGUAUAACUUUCAAAACCCAGAUAAAAUCAACAUUAUUCCACAACUAACCCAUUUUGGGGAAUUCUUAAUUUUAUUUCCAUCAUUUACAUUCCAAACCUAGGGUCUAUUCGGACGUAGAAAAUUUGUAGUAUUGGGAACUAGAAGAUCGUCACAGGGUGUAGAUUUUACUGAUUUUUUCAACCCUAGAUUAGAUUAGAUUUUUUUAUAUUUUCCUGGUAACUAUUGUGAAUUGGCCUAUGCCCCGUUUCCGGCUUGACGUCGACUUCUAGGAUACCAAGUAGGUCUUUUUGAUCAAGUGUGAUGAUCUUGAUUUCCUUAAUAUAAACUAGAGAGCAUAACUAUAGCCCUACCAACGAAUUUCGGUUUUUUUUGGUCGGUUAAAAUGUAACCAUUUAACUGACAGGGGUGAAAAUAAUUAAUAAAAUUUAACAACGAAUUAGGUAAUUUGACAUUAACUAAUGAAAAAUACAAAUAUAUAUGGGGGUGAGUGGUGCAUACUCAUAGUUUCACUACAUUUUUUUUAUCAAAAAUAAAUCGCGUUCUUCUUAAUAAUAGGUUGGUCCAUCAGUUAUUAAAAUUAAUUGUCAAAAAGUCCCGCGGUCAUACAGUUCACCAAACUGUCCCAUGUUUCAGGACAUAAACUGGCCCAAAAGUCCUCUAAUGUACUUUUCAGGUUACUUACGGAGGCGAGUGUCAUACACUUGUCGAAAUCGAAUUCCUCAGUUUUGUUUAUUAUUUUUGUUUAUUACCCCUGUAAGUUACAUUUGAACCGGGCAAAAGAACUAAUGUUCUCCAGUUUAUUUUAUAAACAGAGCAAGAUGAAAGGGUAUCUUUCAGGCACUAAUCAAGUGUAGCUCAAACUUGACGAAGUAUUUUAACCAAUAACAGCAAUUGGCGGGAACAAAAAAAUUAACACUUCAAGCUACAAUAUAUACAACGCCACUGCGACUGCUUGGCUCUAUCUUGACGCUCGCGCUUGACCGAUGAUGGCUCAGAGUACCUCUAAAAUGCAUACUAUAGUGACAUGUUAUACGGAUGUUAUAUGCGUCUUAGUAUCUUUUUAUUUCGUGAUACUAAUGGAUGCUAAAUACGCGGCGUUGACAGUGCGCUGUUAGGCCAGCGGAGUUUGAAUGCUUUCGACAUUUGGAUAAUAUACGAUGACGCCGUGGCUCGACGUCAUGGCCCAUGCGUUAAAGUUCCCAUUCACAAUCAUACCACCAUGGAAAAUUUGACGCGACUAUAACAAAAAAUUAUCCACCCAAAUCAUUGUCAGCUGUGUAAUGCGUCAUGUUCAUUAUGCAGUCUCUUCAAAUUUGAUUGUUCUACACCAUUUGAGCACCUAAAGAAAUGAAGUGACGUGUCAUCAAGCCGUUUUCAGGUGACACUGAAUAUUGGAAUUGUCGCUAUUGUCGUAUAACAUGUCAGUUAGUUAGAAACUACGCUACGGAAAUUGUCGUUAUGAAGAAAUAAUCAUUUUUGUUUGUAAUUCGUUUUGACGUACAAAAGCGUCUGUUUCAUUGGGAAAGUUCUUGGAAGGUGUCGAAAUGAGCAAAAACUUUGUAGUGCAUGAACAUUUUAUUUUUCUUAACUUUUUUGUGAAAGUUAAGGGAAGAAAAAUGUAUAUUUAGUACCUAGUGAAUCAAGCGAUUCAAAACUAUAACUUCUCUUUCUAGAAAAAGUCACCGCUGUUGGGGCAACUUUGACAAACUUCAUUUCUCGACCCGAUAACGGGUAAUCAAAUGUGCGUAAUAUUAUUUUGAGCCCAUAAAAGACCAAUGAAUUCUUAUCGACGAAUUUCAGAAUUUUUCCAUUCAGCAAUACAGUAAUGGCCUAAUGGGUUAUUCAUUUAGAGCAUAUGCAUAUACAAGUAAAAACACGUAACUGUAACGGAUUAUCUUUAUUAUUAAAUAAAAAAUCAUCACUGACAUUUCAUUUUGAAAAGUAAUUUUUCACUGUGGUUCAUUUUGGGAUUUUAAUUUUCGCGCUCGUUUAUUUCUAUCGGUAUUUGUGAAUUCCUCGAGUAAUGGUGAUUUUCAACUCCUUUAGUGCAUCCUUUUAUCCAUGUAAACAUAACGCAAAAGAAAAUUGUCUAGAGGUGUGAAAUCAUAUGAUCUAGGCGGCAUAUAUGUGAAUGAAUAAGUGAAUGACAGGUAGCAUGUAGUAGAAAUGAAGGCGAUCAUGAGUGUCAGAUUGUAUCUGAUAAUCCCCAUCCUUAAUUUUGCAGUUACGUAAUACUGCCGCUGAUAUCAGUUCUUUUUUCCUUUGAAAAAGGUGGCCUCUAAAUGAAUCUCAUUAUAAGCAAAAUGAGUAUUGAAUAAUACACUUGAUCUAUCUGAAAAUUUGAUAUUUCUGAGAAAUUUGUCACUUUUUUAUGAAAGAGAAAGCGAUUAAUGUUAAUAUCACAUCAUUAAAAAUGAUACGAAAGUUUUUGUUACAUUUUUGUAGCCUUAUAUGAUUAAAUCGUGGAAAUGGGGCCAUAGGGGCAAGAUAUCUGUAUAUGUUCAUAUUUGUGUAAAGGCCUUCGACAUCUAUUAAUCAAGUACCUACUGUUGAUGUUUACUUUAUACGCUUCACCUUCUGUGUUUAGCUUCCUUGAGGUAUGCCAUAUGAUAUUGAACAGUUUAGAGUUUGGAACCUAAUGAACUGCUAAAUGUCCAUCAUAUUAUUGAUUAACAUAUUCCACCAUAAGAUACGCAUGUCCAAUUGAAAGUUGUGCCUGAGCGAGAAUAACCAUACGUAUAUUGGUGCCACCAAACACUUACGCUUGCAACUGUCAACUGAGUGUCCCAUGUGGAACGCGAUCGAUUACUAGGAAAGUUGACAUUUGAUAAUUAUGAAAACUUGGGGUUGUGAGGAAUUCGGAUAAUUUUUUUUCAGAAUGAUGGCACUUCCGGUUGAAUCGGAAGUAGAUGCAAAGUUGCUUAUUUUGAAUGGAACACCCUGUAUAUUUUCGAAUUUUUAAAACCUCCGCUGUAUUCUAGAUACAUUCCAUGUAUAAUAUCCGAUAACCGUUUUUGAGAAGUAUCAUAUUUUUUGUAAAAAAUCAUAAAUACAGGUCCAUAAAAACUAAUUUCUCGUAUAUUUUUGUCUUUGUCGAAUGAUUUGUAACUGUUUUCUUAUAGGAGGAAGAAUGCUACAGUGGACUACAUUCGAUAUUUGAUAAUUAAUGAUACAAGGUAGUCAAAAAAUAAUUAAAUUUCAAUAAUGUCAUAACUCCAUUUUUUAAAAUGGUAGCCCUCUGUUUUCAUGAUAUCAUCUAAAUAAAUAAAAAUACCAUAGUUUUCAGGAAGGUUAUAUACUUCGCAAAUAAGUAUAGUUGUAGUCACCGUUCUUGGCGGGUCAAAGUAAGACUACCAGUAUUCCUUUAUAUAUCUCCAUCUCGCUCAUACAUUCACACGCAACUUACCCCUGUGGUUGUUCGGUAAGCUCAGAGACAUACAUUUUUAGUUGUGUGUCUCCGUCUCGAAAACUUUGCCGUUACGUAUGAGUGCCCUUCAAUCAUAUUUUUCAGAGUGACAACCUACUUGACUCUCGCCUUCGGAAAUCAUAUUUUCGAAGCCAUGGAUGUUAUGACGUCGUGUGUUUGUCAAAAUUAGAUAUACGUACAUAUACAAAGAUUGGAUCUGGCUAAUGGGACGCAAUGUUCUAGUGCAAAAAAAAAACUUGACAUCGGCGGGCAAUUCGAGUUGUCCUGUUAUCAAUCUUCAAUAUAAAAUUGUACAAUGUCCGGAAAUACGAUCAAUGGAGAAGGCUGACAGCUUGUGCUAAAUUUAUUAGAGUAUUUGCAGGAAGAAAAUGAAAACAGCGGUCCCCUUUUACCCACUUCAUGCGUAUUGGAGAGAGUAGCAGAUGCGCUGAAGAUUAAGAUCCGCCUAUGGUACGGAGACUCGAUCUGUUUACUUAUUUUAUAAGGCGUUGAUGUAACCGCGAAGAACGGAGACUACAACUAUAGUUUAGGAAAUGUUUGCAAAUACUUGUUUUCUGUCUCUCCAUACUGUUUUCUUAUGGCCAUGGCGGGUGAAGUAAAAAAAAUGAGUCAUGAGGUAUGACUGUUUCAUACGUGGUGGCACAUGAAAAAGAAAGGACAAAAAAAGAAAAACAUGCCGCGAACCUAUUUCGUCCGCGCGAUAUUCACUACCACGUCGUUGAAAUAUGUAUAAAUAGGGUUAGAAUAAUAGCGGCAGCGAUGCAUAUGUAAGUGCGCACGAUAGUAAUUGCAUAUUUCGCCAUGUGCCUCCUGAAAAACCUUUAUAAAUUGACCCAUGCAGUAAUAAAUAACAAACACGAUAUUAUUAAACAUUUUGUUUAUUAUUAGAGGGGAAUGUCAACAAGUAUCUAAAAUUAUUUUUAACCUUUCAAACGACUCGGAUAACAAAAGAACCGUAUAGAAAACUACGAAUUUGCGGAGUAGAUAAUCUUAUACAAAUAUGUCCUUAUUUUUUUAUUGCGAUGAUCAAAUAAUAAUAAGUUUAUUGCAAAAGAAAAAGUAUAGCAGUAGUAGAUGAAAGACAAUAUUAUACAAUAAACGAAUGGACCCAAAAAAGUUUCGCAGAAACUUGUACUUGGGCAUGAGCUCAUGUAUAAAUAACUUAAGACUAAAAAAAAAAACAAAACAAAAAUAUAUAUAUAUAUAUAUAUAUAUAUAUAUAUAAAAUUUAUUAGACAAGUCCUGGUGAAAUUUUUAAAAAGACACAAUCGGGACGGAGACGCAAAAUCGGGACGUAGACGUAAUCGGGAUAGAGACAAUAUUGAAACAAAAGACAGGUGAUUAGACAAGAACAAAAAUUGGUAAAAAUAAGUCAUAAAAUGCAAUAAUUCAGGAGGUAAGAAUUUAAAUCAGUUUGAUAUAUACAUUUUUUUUUCAUUUUGAAAUUUCAAUAAUCUUGAGAGAGAUUUCCGCUUUCAGUAGUAGUAGAUAUUUUUGAUAUCAAUCGCUUGAUGAAUCUUGAGCCUAUGCUGGUCCAAAAUCCACAGUCUUAGAUGCUUUUUCAUAACCUUUGUAUUUUUAAUAUGUUUUAUCUGAGGGGUGAUUAAGUUAUAUAUUUUUGGUCCUAGAAAAGUGAAACUCCUCUGACCUAUGGUCUUUUUAGGCUUUUGUAUCCGCACUGAAGGAUCUUUGGAUCUGGUGUGAUGGUCAUGUGGGAGGAAAUUUAAUAAAUGCUUAUGUUUUGUAAUAUAUGUGAACACACUCUCAAAAUAGAGUUGCCUACAAUCACAUAUCUUGGAUACCUUAUAUAUCAUAUCGGUUGGAUAGGUGUUAGUUUUGUGGAACAUGAUUUUAAGAAUCCAUUUCUGAGUUAUUUCUAGUUUCCUGUAGUAUUUAUUCAGCACCGGUCCCCAUGCCAAAAUUCCAUAAGUUAACAACGGUUGUACUAACGUUUUGUAUAUGGUACACAAAUAUUUAAGACCUCCAAAUUUGGUUUAGUUCUGGGACUGAGUAGAUGUCACGUCUAAGACUGACUUUUUUAGGCGGAUCAAUACAUCCCAAAAUUUCCUCCCAAUGAUACUGGAUUUCAUCCGGAAGCUCAGGCCAUUUCCAGGAUUUCAACGACUUUUUCAUUGAAGAAACGUAUGGUCCCUGUUCACAGAUUUUUGUAAUUUUACCAGGAAAAAUUUCUCCUUCAUACGUGAAUACUACAUAUUGCCCAACUGCCUUCACGAGUGGCUUAAAAUUAAUAUUCUUGCCACAACCUUCAGCCUGUGCAUUAAACUGAACUUCAAGAUUUUCUAAAUCAUCAAGAGAAGCAACAUCUGAUGAGUCGUGAACUGUCAUGUUGACACUAUCUGCGUAGCUGCUUUCGCUACUAGCUCUACGGUGACGUGGUCUUCGUGCCGUUGAAGGCUUUGCUAACUCUCCAUUUUCUUUAUCAUCCGAAAGUGUGCUUAAUUCUUCAGUUACGCUUUUCCCAGGAGUGAUAGUUAGUUUUGUUCGACGUCGUUUCGUAGUUCCACCGUUCGUCCAUUCUAGUCUCUUAGCUUCAAGACUUUGUAGAAAAGAAUCUUGUAAAGCAGUCUGGUCAAUAGUUCUAGGUAACCUGUCCAAUAAUGGAUUGACGCAAGAGGAAAAAUUCCACAUUUUCGGAAACCCGAAAUGAGAUUAGCCUCCCUCGUUGGUUCCAAGAUAUCAAUGAGUCUGUUCAACAGAACUGGAAAACUGCUUUUUUGAACUACUGUUUCGACUGCCUUGUACACUUGGUUUCCAUUCGGUGAGGAUUUUCCUCCAUGCCACCUUCAUUGGGUGAAAAAAAGCAACAUCUAAUGGCUGAGUUAAAUGGGUGCUAUGAGGAGGCAGGCAAACAAAUCUAAUAUUGUUCUGGUCACAGGCUUUCAAGACAUCUACAGAAAUAUGAGAUGACAAAUUGUCUCCUAUAAUAACUGGGACCCUCUUGUUUCUUCAGUCUUGGCAAUAUCUGGGUAAAAAACCAAUCAUUAAAUAUAUUUAUGUCAAACCAACCUGAAGGACUGUUAUUGUAUCUGACAUGUUUUGGUCCAUGCUCUGUCCAUGUACUCCACAGUUGCUUGGACUUGUACACUACGUAUGGUGGUAGUAAUUCCCCCACAGCAUUUCCAGCAAACAUUAUAGAAGUUGAACUUUUGGAUGUGUUCCUUAUAAGUUCCGGAUAUUUUGCACCACGCUUAGUUAUAAUUUUCUUUUGACCAGGAUCAUCUGAAAGGUUAGUUUCGUCAAAGUUCCAUAUGUUUUCGGGAAGGACGUCUCUAACCACGUCUUCCAAGUUUUUUAUGUAGGCAAUGACAGUCCCUUUGUCAACUGCUGCUCUGCUACGUUUUAUGUUGGCCGCAAAUCUCUGUGUUAAAUAUGGACGUCUUUUCAAGAAACUUGAAACCCAUUCAGUACCUGGACAAUUAUCUCUAAAUUUUGUAACUUUCCGGCCAAUUAUAUCCAAAUAUGUUCGAAUGACUAUUCUAAGGUCGAAAGCUGUCAAAGGAAAACCGUACUCGCUUAGUCUUAAGAUGCAAUCUACAAACAAUUCUUCUUCUUCGUCCGAAAAUGUUGUUGGAGCUCCAGGUGGUCGAGAUGGCAUUUUAGUUCGCAAUAGUUUUAGCGGUUGAUGAUAGUUCUUCGUGGAGUACCAUAUUCUUCACUGGCUCUUCUUUGAGUUGAUUCUUUAUUUUCUAUAGAGGCUAGACAUGCUCUUAGAUUUUCUUAGGUAUAAUUCUUAUAAUUCCGGGAGCCUAAACGUUUCUUGUAAUUUCUCGGCAUCUUUUCUGAAACAAAACAAUAGUUUUAUUUAUAAAAAAAGUCAAUAUUAUUAUUGAAAAUGCAUAUUUCUAGUUUAUUCGCUUACCAUAUAAUUUUGGGUUUACUUUGCUCCAGGCGCAAAGUAACCCCAGCAGGUUAUAUAAUAAACAACUUAGUUAUUUUUUUUAAAUAUUCACAUUUUUGAUUAGCUGAAUAUAUACAAAGCAACAUGAAAAUGUACUUACCAUUUCACGCUAUGUGAUUUUCAAGAUAGAAGUGGCUUUUUUGGAUACAAAUCGAAUGACAAUUUCAGCUCCCGCACAAAAAUGGCACCUGCUAUUGAAAAACAAUGGAGGAUUAAAUCUUUCUGUUGCAGUGUUGCUACUCAAAUGUCAGAUGUUUAGGAUGCGUUCACAAUUUAAUGCCAUGCCUUGAAGAAAUCGACGUACUAGACGACAAAGUAUUUUACAGAAUUGGAGCAUAAUUACCCAUGUAGGAGCAAAGUAGGACCAUUUUACGGUAUAAGACAUCUUAAUCUCUUCGUUAAGCUUUCUAUUUGUUUGUCCCAUUUUAGGUGGCUGUCUAUUAUGAUUCCUGGGUAUUUUAUAUGAUUUGCUGGCUCUAGGACUACUACUUCAUCUAUGGGUGGCAAUUUGAUGUGUAUGUUAUUGAAUGUAGGACUGUUCCUAUCGUCACAUGAAAAAGUCAGAUAUAAAGUUUUUUCAUAACUGAUUGUUAAUAUUUUAUUAUUGAAGAAGCUUAUAAUGACUCUGAAAUCCUCUUCAAUAAGAGUCUUUAAGAUAUCCCAAGAUUUUUCGCUAUAAAAAACAGCCGUAUCAUCUGCGAACUCGAUAAUUUUACCGUGUGCAUGUGUAGGUUAAAAAUAUCAUUUACAUACAUGAACAGGAUAGGUCCUAAGACUGUACCUUGUGGGAUACCGUAUGUUACAUGGUGCAAGUCGCUGAUGGAAUUAUUAACUUUCACACAUUGAUUCCUAUCUGAAAGGUAGCUUUUGAGUAAAGUAUGCGUUUUUCCACGAAAUCCUAGAUUCUCCAAAGUAGUUAGUAAUUCUUUGUGUUCAACUGUAUCAAAUGCCUUCUUUAAAUCUAUAAAGACACAGGCCGAUGGGUUUCCCAAGUCUAGACUGGUAUACACGUUUUCCAUCAAAACUGCAAUUGCAUCUUGCGUGGAUUUUCCUUCUUGGAAACCAUAUUGCUGCUUAGAUAGAAGUCUCUAUUUAGCAAUAAAAUUAGUAAAACGGGCCUUCAAAACUUUUUCAAAAAUCUUUGAGAAAAUGCUUAGUAGUGAGAUUGGUCUAUAAUUUGAAAUUUGUGUCUUUUCUCCAGAUUUGUGUAGUGGCUUUACUAGUGCUGUUUUUAGUGCAUCAGGGAAUAUAGCUUUGUCUAUGCAAGUAUGGAUGAGGUACGAUAAUACACUUAAAAUGUUGUUACUGAUUUGUUUGAGCGUGUAUGAUGUUAUACCAUCAAGGCCUGGCGAUUUAUUUAGCUUUAGUUGGCAAAUAAUAUUAUUUACCUCAAGCGGAUCAGUUGGUGCCAGAUAAAUUGGAUUUUGUAUUCGCGUUCUUUCAAAUUAAUUAUAAAAACAUUUGAAGAAAUUGACUUUAGGCAUUUUUUAUAUGAUUUUAAUCCGUUUUUUUGACCACUCUGUAUUACUAAUUAUUGAAAUACCGAUUGAAGUCUGCUAAAGUAGGCCUCUUUCUAUAGCGGACCAGUUACAAAUGGUUCGACAAGGACAAAAAUGGUUCGACAGAAAAAUUAAAUGGCUUUUAUGGAACCGCCUGCAUUUGUGAUUUUUUACACAAAGUUUGAUACAUCUCAAAAACGAUUACAGCUAUGUAUAAGAUUUUACACAGGUAAUGUAUUUAUGUAUAAUCUUGAAGAUUUCAAAAAUUCAGUGUGAUACAGGAUGUUCCAUUCAAAAUAAACAACUUGGUAUCUACUUACGGUUCAACCGGAAGUGCCACCAUUUUAAAAAUAUUUUUGGCGAAUCCCUCGUAUUAGUUAUACCAUAACUGGCUAAAGUCGACUUUUAUCGUAAUCGAUUGCUGUUGACCAUCCUCAUUAGGUGUCAGCAUUUGUACCAUGGGUUUGCUUUUUCGUCGUUGAGAAAUUCUUUUGAAAGAAAAGAGGAGUCUGUAUUCUAAGGCCCGGUUUCUCAGUCGCUGUAUAACUUUCAAGUUAGGUAGUUACGUAGCUUGUAGGUUAACUAUCCGUUGCCUGUGAAUUCGUUUUUUAAGGUCUGGUUAUCAAUCCAUAAACGCUUUUUUAUGCCUCAGUUAUCGUAUAAUCCAUGACAACUAAGACCUAUUCCGUUCAUUGCAACGUGAGGCUACUGUAGCGAUACAUUUUCUGCUGAACGUACAUCACUGAGCGUUACCGGAGCGGUCGCAAUUUUUUCCAUCAUGACCAAAAUAUGCUCCGCUCUUGAUAAAGUAAUACAUCAAAUACUGUUUAAUGAGUUUGCUUUUUCCGGUUUGAAAACAGCGUAGAUGUUGUAGAAUUAUAGAAAACUUCAAAAUUGAUGAAAAAACAGGAGAACGAAACUAUAACUUACGAGUAUAAAACAACCUAUAUUCACUGAAUUAGCAGGGGUUGAUUUCAUGCUACAAGUUACAAGUACAAUUUUACUUCCUAAGCCACUGGGCGAGCUAGUAUUGUAAUCGCGAAAAAUUUUGACGAUGAGAUAUGUUUUUAUAAUGUUUCAUGACAAAUACUGCUUGAAUUUUGAUAAUUUUUCUCUCACAAUGUUACUACUAUGCCAAGGACGAAAAAUCUUUGUAGUGGCGGGUGAGCUCGGGACAAACACUUUAUAAUUAUCUCAUACAUGAUAAUCUGAUUGAAAUCAACCACCGCUUCAGGACAAACUUGAUAUUGAGAAACACUUUCCGAUAGUUAACUUUUGGUUAUCAGCCAAGUUGCAAUUGAAAAACCGAGCCUAAGGAAUAACUGCGAUCUUACUCGGCAACAUGGCUGCAACGAUGGAAAUUGUAAGUGAACGUCCAAAUACAGCAUAGGGUUGGGCAUCUUUAUGAAGAAUACGUUAAUCAGUGGUAUAAUAUAGCACAUUUCAAUGUAUGAUUGACAUUUGUGCUACAUGGAUCCCAGACUACAACUACUGUAAUUGUAAUUCGUAUAUUCUAUGAUGUAAGAUAUUGGAACUCAAUGUAUAUUUUUGUAUUCGAAAAUUGUAACGCAUCGCUAUAAAUAUUUCUACUUAUAAAAAUUGGAGACUAAUCGUAUUCCCUAAAAUAUAUCGAAACAUUUCAAUUUUUAGUUGGAUCAUUCUAUGUCAAGUAAAUAUUUUGAUAUCCAUAUAGACGGGCCGAAAAUCUCGAUUCGUGGGAGACAUUUUUACGAUUCGAUUUUGUUUAUCGUAAUCACAUUUGUUGGAUGCCGCUUCAUCAACCAAGUGUUUGCCGGGCGGUAACCCCGUGCAAAUUUGUUUGCUCAUUUUUUUCUUAAACAAAUUACAAAACGUUGUUUUCACUUUGGACGUCUUUUAUGUUUUUGGAUCGUUCUGAACAAGAGCUCUCCGUUUUCGAGUUGUAGGCGAUUUAAAAGUUCGAAAAACCUUGAAAAUGGUAAUUCUUAUUGCCUUUUGAAGCAUCUUGGUUACUUACAAAUCACAAUACUUCAAAAUACACUAUGCCCAAAAUUAUCUUUGGGUUCUCGUUGGGGACGGUUUAAACUUUAAUUUAGAUGCUUGGUUACCCCAAAAAUAUUAGUGUUCUAAUCUCACAACCAAGUGAAAUCUACGAAUUCUCCAAGCAUAAAACCACUGCAGUGAUGUGCAAUGCUGGACCGCUUCAAGUUACGCAAGUGCAAUCUUAGUCUGGUACCAAUAACAUCGUAACUUUAUGGAAUCAUGGACAUGAGUCACCCAUGAUCCUAACGUAUUGGGAACCGAAAAAUCUCUUUCCUCAAAGCCCGAAGGCCUGGUAUGGCUUUUUUAUGUCCAAAACAUCGUUGAUUUGACAUAGGUUGACCCAAGGUCACUUGCCGGUAAUAAAACUACACACUACCCCAAAAAAUUGCAAUUUUGUGUUGAAAGGAACCGAGUAAUUGCACCAAGUUGGUUGUUAUUCCACAUAAACCAGUUAGAACUGCAUUUUAAUGAAAUAAUAACAUAUAUAAUAUUGUAGUUGUGAUAGAGAAAAAUGUUCUAAAUGUUAGAAUCUAAGCAGCUGUAUCAUACAUUAAUAUUUACCGAAACUGGAUUUUUAAUACAUAGGGGUGUGAUCUAGUGAAAAUUCUGGUGGAUGUAUUGCCGUAAGCUUAUUAUAUAAAAAAUGCAUUUCCGUUCGGCAUCUACUGUUGCUAUAAGAAGCGCAAUUAUCGACCACUCCUCUGGAGUUAACUAAUGACGUGAAACCGUUUAACGAUGGGAUAACUUCCCGCGUGUUAAGUUUUCCAUUCUGUCCAUAUAUUUUUUGACGUCAUUAUUUUGAAGACCUUAAAGCGUAAAGCAGUACUAAUUCACUCAUUUUGACUCCUUUUUUGCCCAUAUAAGUUCACGUCAUAGUGCGGGUAGUACCAGCUGGGUGAAUUCGGCGCCAUACUUUCCGUUUUUCUUUUUAAAUUUUUAUUAUCGUUGAACAAUUCAUCAAAUCGCUCUGCAGGUAGAAGAUGUCUCCUUGACCUGGAAGUUAUUUGCGGAACAUGUCAACAGAACAUUAGGCUCAUAAACUAGACCCUUGUUGACAUGUAACCAACAUGGCUGUACCAGAAAAAAUAUAUAUUCCUAUUCGUCUUGGCCGCAUGAUAAGAUAUGUAAUUUGACAUGAAAAAAUUGUACAACUGGCAACCUGACAAAAGUAAGUGCGGUUAUGUAAAGUGACAACGGAGGUUGUCAAAUCUACACUAAUGCUUAUUACUCUUUAGCAAACAUCCGCAACCUACCACACCGAUACUCUUUAUCAGGUAUAAAGAUUUGCCAGGUUGCUAGUUAGCGUAAACAUUUCAUAUGGCCCUUAAAGAGUAUAAACAAUUUGUUUUCGAUGUAGGCUAAGGAAUACCGAAUGUCUUUAUUGCAAACCUAUUAAUUUUCAAAACUGAAUAUUUGUGAAUGGUCCCAUUGGUUGGUACAUGUAUAGGAGCAACGAUUGCAGCCACAUGACCUGCAAAUUUUACAUAAUAAGGAUACCGGUUGUUAUUGCAAUUUUCCGAUGAUUUACGUCACUUCAUAGUACAUCAACCAGAGUUUUCUGUAAUGUUAUAUUUAUGUAGUUGUUUGGUAACGUACAUCUCAUUUUGUAUAUUUAACAUUGCUUAUUUUGUUUUGUAAAUAUUCAAUUUAUGAAAUACCUAAUUUAUUUGUAAGGAGAACUUCUCAUAAAUCAGUCGCUCAAUGUUUCAAUCAUUAGGAAAAUGAAGAAUGCAGAACCUCAUGCGGAUCAGCCUUUUUGGCUUCAGUAUCAACGUUGUAACGAUAUAAAAAAGUUAUUCUUCGGUUUCCUGUGAUUUGACGACUGUUCUAUUUGGUAUGUUUCAUAUUCAUGUGUUAUGUUGUUCCUGGAUCUUAUAAUUCCCUCUUCUCGAUUGGUAUGCCUCAAAAUGUCUGUGAUAAAAACAAUUCAAAGUGAACUUUUCUUAUUUUGCAAAAAUAUAUAUGAAACAAUGAAAUAUGUCU